UGGUGUUGAAAGCCAAGUAAAAUAGAUGGGUUUUAAGACGAGCUUUAACACCCACAAACACCCACAUGAAAUAUACCGAUAUUAUGAAUAAUAGUUUUUUCUUAGGGAGUAAAUGUAGGGUAGAGUUCGACAUUAUUUGUCACAGUCUUUGAGUGUCUGAGUCUUGGGUUUUUGAUUAUGUUUGAUCAUAUUCUUGUGGAAAAUGUGUCUUCUAUAAUGUGUGAAUGACUGAAUGUAGUGUGAAGCGCUUUGGGGUCAUCUGGACUUGAUAAAACACAAGUACAGGCCAUUUCUACAUGUUUCUUAUGUAAAAAAAAUUAGUUAAAACACUUCAAAGAGCAUCAUUCAAGCAGCUACCUGCACUUUGUCUCUGACAACCAUGACUUUAUCAGCAGUACUAUGGUCAUCAGCUUUUUAGAAGCACAUGCAGACUGUCUUAGGAUUCUACUAUUUCAUCUCACAUAUUAUCUUAACUAGGUAUUCAAAAGUGACAGAAGGUCUGAGUGUAUGAGCGAAAAUGUUUUUUGAAUAAGGACUUAAAUUGUUAAGGGCGAAAUUAAAAAACGUCACCCUAUGUGAAAUGUUGAAGAACCACAGUUUUAAAUUUCAAUUUCCAUAGCCACAUUCAGGAUGAAAAUUCACUUUUAAAAAAACCUGGUGGACAAAUUGAAGUCGGCUAUAUUAUAAACACUAAAUCAUUCCCUUUAAAACAAAAACUCAUAAUUUAACUGCUUUAGUCAGUAUAGACAAAAAUGUUGAGCUAGUUGUCAAAAUCUGUGAACCAAAUGUUAUGCAUUUCCUUAUAUGAUUCUUUACUGAAAAUGUCUCCAAAUUGAACAGUUUUGAGGUGAAUCUGAGUUUUUCUCUGACGAUAUUGUUUACAGUUAAGCACAAUUUUACCCACAGGGUAUUUGUUGUAAAAAAGGUUUGGAGUUUGCAUGCACAACUCUAUAAAUAAAUUAGAACUGCAAAGAGCAGUAAAAAUAUGACGCACAUGUAUUUAUUGUCUUGUACUCGUUCCUCCCACAUUAAUGUGUAACUUAACUGUACUUCUCACCUGGUGCUGUCUGUGUAAAUUCUGGGAUGAUCAAUUCAGUCCAUGUGCAAUGGGCAUUAAGUGAAAGAGGGCCCUCUAAGUCAAUUUAAUGACGAAGGGGUUGUUAUUAUUUAGUAUUAAUAUGGUGGCAUUCUCGUCAAUAUAUGUGAAAGUCUGUAUUUUAGUUUCUUAAAAUCGCCUCACAUAAUCUGAAGGCUAUAGAACCUAUGUAACACCUGGUUGGGUCAUGUAACACUGUAGCGUAGGCAGAGGCUUUUAUUUUGAAAAGGGCGUGCCUUACGCACCUCUAGUUGCAUACAGAUUCACAGACCAGUGAAGUCGGUUCGGUUAAGGACGCCUGCGGUCGUUACAUAAGAGUGGGCUGAGUGAAUGGGGGAAACAUACCCGUAACACCUGCAGUGGGGUUGACACGAAUUGUCCCGCUCUGUGAUAUUUUCUGUCCCGUUGACUUUUAAACAACUCUGUUUAGAUAAAACACUGAAUUCACGAAGGUUAGAGAUUCUUUUGGGUGUACAUGAUCUUAAAUAAACUGAAUUUCAUCGAAUAUUAUAGCUAGCGUUUGUUGGAGAGCGCGGUUUAUUUAUAACCCCAAAACAUAUUCUAUUUUUAGUUCAUCUCUACCAGCUGCGAUGGAGCUCGCAGAGGAAAACUCAAAGCCUCUGUCAGAUGUCAAACCCAGUCCUGUGGAUACAGGAGCUCAGAGACCCACGUGGUGUGGGCAGCUGGACUUCAUCCUGGCCACGGUGGGAUACGCAGUGGGACUGGGAAACGUCUGGAGGUUUCCUUAUCUGUGUUACAGCAGGGGCGGAGGUGCCUUCAUUAUCCCCUACAUCGUCAUGGUUUUCAUUUGCGGCAUUCCUCUGCUCUUCAUGGAGUUUGCUGUGGGCCAGUAUACUCGUUUAGGGCCAGUGCAUGCAUUCACCAAGAUCUGCCCCCUCUGUAAAGGUAAGCCUGUAGGCCUGGCCACAGUUGUAAUCUCCUUUGUCCUCUGCACAUCCUACAAUGUGCUCAUGGGCUGGGCCUUUUUCUACUUGUUCAACUCAUUGACAAGUAGAACUCUCCCCUGGUCGUCUUGCAGCAACACGUGGAAUGUCGUUGGAAACUGCUCCAGCGGCUUCCCUGGCAAUGCCACCCAUCUGCAGUCUUCAAGCCAGCAGUUCUUUGACCACAAUCUUUUAGAGAAGACCAGUGGGAUUGAAGAAGCUGGUGGCCUACAGUGGGAAGUAUUUGGCUGUCUUCUUCUCUCAUGGAUCAUCAUUUAUUUAUGCAUAUUUAAAGGAGUCAAAUCAGGCAAGCGAAUAAGAGUGUUCUGCCCUGGCCUUGUAAUCUUCUCAGCUAUUGGCUACAUGUCUUUUAAACACAGUCUACCAGUGGACAGCAUAGCCACAGAUGGUCCUGGUUUGGUGUUUGUUGUGUAUCCUGAAGUUCUCUCCACCAUGCCCGGCUAUCAGUUCUGGGCUCCACUGUUCUUCAUCAUGCUGUUGUGUCUUGGUCUCGACAGUCAGUUUGGCAACGUAGAGGUGGUCAUGACGUUCUUGAAAGAUGAGUUUGGAGUCAAAGUUCUUCGGUACCUGAAGAGAGAGGAGCUUCUUGUUCUGGUCGUGUGUUUUGUGGGGCUUCUUUUGGGAAUCCCUCAUGUAACUCAGGGAGGCAUUUACGUGUUCCAGCUGAUGGACCACUACACUGCUGUGGUUUCCCUCAUAUGCCUGGCUUUCUUUGAAGUAGUGGCUGUAUGCUGGAUCUUUGGAGGCUCCCGUCUCUCCCUGAUGGUCAAGAGGAUGUGAAGCGAGUCUCCGAGCCUCUUCUUCCGCCUCUGCUGGCUGCUGCUCUGCCCCCUACUGAUGCUGUGCAUCCUGGCAUCCAGCGUUGUUCAGUACACGCCUCCUCACUAUGGAGAGUACAUGUACCCACUGUGGGCUGAGUUAGUGGGGUGGGUCGUCUCACGAUGA